AUGAGACCUAAAACUAAAAAAAAUAGCAAAUCUGACAUAAUGAUUGAUACUUCUUCUGAAUUAUUGUAAUCACUAACAGAAGACUAGUAAAUAGACAUUAAUACAACAUCUAUACAUAAUAUCGAACUAUAGUAUUACGUUUACGAUAUAUAUUCUGGUAAACCAUCAGCUUUAAAUCCUCGAUUACUUUUUCGAGAGUCUAAGCGAAAGGAUAGUUAUUAUAAUUAUCAUUAAGAAACAGCCCUCAAUAUCACUUUUCUUUAUUUGUAGUUUCUUAAAGAAAAUAGAUCUCUAGUUAGAAAAUUUCUAUUCGCAAAUGUGAUAUUGGACAUCAUUUUGAGAAUAGCCAUAAUUACUUUAUUUUUUUUGAAGGUGUACACUCAUACUUACAUAACCCUCUAUUUUAUUGUUUUGUUUCAAAUUCCAAGAGUAUUUCAUAUGUGUAGCAGUAUAAAGCUGUUAUUUAUGGAUUAAUUUAAUUUAUAGAAUAGAUCUUUUAUUCCAAUUAGUCAUUUGUAUAGAACAAAUUUUAUUAAUGAAGAUGAACCAAGAGAAUGUGAUUUAAAACCUUUAAAUUAUAAAAAUAGAAUUUUGAGUUGCAGAUCAAUUAUUUUUAUUUUACUACCAGUAGAAUUGUGCUUUCUGUGUAUUCCAAAAAAGAAGAUCACAAAUAUUACAAAUACUAUUAUGAUUAGUAGUUACAUUUUGAAGAGCAUUGAGGUCAUAAUGUUUGAACCUCUAUUACUUGUAUCAAUCUCAAUAUCAGAUAGCUUAACUAAAAAUAUAGAUUUUAAUAACUGGAGUUUGAUAUUUAUAUUAGUGAUUGUAGAUAUUUUAAAAUAUGUCUUAUUAAAUAUAUAUUUGGUAAUUUUCAGCGAGACAGGAUAAAACAAUACCUUAAAAUUUUGA